AUGAAGUACUUGGCAGCAUCAGUGUUGGUGGCCGCUCUUGCCGCAAUAUCUGCAGUACCUUACUCUUCUGUUGUGCAGGAAGAGUGGGAGACAUUUAAGAUUGAACAUGACAAGAAAUACGCCACUGAUGUUGAAGACUCGUUCCGCAUGAACAUCUAUAUGGAGAACAGACACAAGAUUGCUGCACACAAUAAGCUGUUUGCAACAGGACACAAGUCAUACAGGCUCAGGAUGAACAAGUUUGGUGACAUGCUUCAGACGGAGUUUUUGUCAACAAUGGCAGGUUUCCAUACGAACCACACCGAAAGAUACAGAUUAAACAGCAUGUACAAUGGUUCCACAUACAUUGAGCCGGAAGAUGAUGUUAUCCUUCCCAAGACUGUUGACUGGAGAAAGAAGGGAGCAGUCACCCCAGUAAAGGACCAAGGAAAAUGUGGAUCAUGCUGGGCUUUCUCAGCUACCGGGUCACUGGAAGGUCAACACUUCCGCCAGACGGGUAAGCUGGUGAGCCUUUCUGAGCAGAACUUGAUUGACUGUUCCACCAAGUACGGCAAUGGUGGCUGUGACGGUGGACUGAUGACCGCUGCCUUCAAGUACAUUGAGGACAAUGGUGGGAUUGACACUGAAGAUUCUUAUCCUUACAAGAAGAAGGAAGGAAAGUGUCAAUAUAAACAACAAGCAUCUGGUGCUAAAGUGACUGGCUUUGUUCAUAUUCGCGAGGGAAGUGAAGAUGCACUGAAGAAAGCUGUUGCCACAGUUGGACCAGUAUCUGUUGCCAUUGAUGCCUCACACGGGUCAAUCCAGUUUUACCAUCAUGGUGUUUAUGACGAGCCAGAAUGUAGUUCAACGAAUCUUGGCCACGGUGUUCUGGUUGUGGGUUAUGGCACUACGGAGGACGGAACUGACUACUGGCUGGUGAAGAACUCUUGGGGCACAACUCUGGGUGAUGAAGGCUACAUCAAGAUGAUGAGGAACCGUAGUAACCAGUGUGGCAUUGCUACUGAGGCCUCUUUCCCCCUUGUAUAAACUCGUGGGGGAACCAGCGUGGCAUUGUUACUGCUGCCUCCUUCCCUCUUGUAUCGUGGGGACCCAGCGUG